AGAGUGCAGAGUCGCGGCGUGAAGGCGGAAACCGGUUGGAAUAUCGGUAAAGAGUUGCAUAGUCGCGGAAUCCGACCUGGCUCUGUGCGGUACUGUCCGACUGUUUUCGGAUCAUCUGUUGAAGUGUGCGGAGAAGCUUGAAGUGAGUCACAUCUUUUUGCGAGAUGUCUCGAUUCGGAGCCUUUGAACGAGGAACAGCUAUUACAUGGUCAAUGCCAGUCUAUCGUAGACAUUGCUGCCGCAGCCGCAGCCGUGGAUAAGCCGGCAGCACUAUCCGCGACGAGCGGCCCACACGUUCGCGCCGACUGAAGCAAGACAAGCAAAAACGGAGGACAUGUUCGUGUGCAUGAAGCGCUGAUCUGUGGUGGCUGCCGUCCAAGUUCUGGCGUCCUCGCCUGUCGCAAUUCGCGUGGGGCAGAAGAUCCCCGCUGCCCAUGAGCCCCUUCAUCAAGAUGAUGAUCGAGGAGCGCACUUGGAAGAUCCCGCCUCGCGGCCUGAUGAAGAGGAGUCCUACGUAAUGUAAGUCCUGUAGUCGUGCUCCAGUAAGGACUCACAUGCAUGUACAUACUGAACCUGUAGCUUAUCCUGGACUGUGCAACUGGCCUGGUCUGAGUCAGACUCUGACCGGCGCAAGUCAUGAGUGAUCAUUCCCGCGUUUUUUUUGGUGGACUCCCACAGUGACAGUGUGGGAGUCUCAAGUUGAGACUCUCCACUCGAUCUCAGCGUGUAGGCACAUGAACACAGCCAACAGAGGUGCUGUGCAGCGCUAUGAGUUUGGACACCAAUGCCGUUGGCAUUUCUAGGUCGGCUAGCAACUGGUGCGCGCAGCUGGCGAUGCUGGUCAAGGUGUGCUUGACCGUCAAGCAGUGCUUGACAAGCACAGACUACCUUCGAAUCUGUCCGUUCUACCCUCCCAUCCCCUACUACCACUCGAACCAAUCAGAAUCCUUCUCCACCGUUUUUUUCGUAUCCAGUUGGAAUCAUGUCCGCGCUAGGGAAUGUAUCCUCGGCGCGCUCCGCCGCUGAUCGCGAAGCUACCGACCGCUCGCUGCUAGAUAUGAUGGACGAGGCGCAGCACCGCCUGCAACACCUUGAGAUCUCAUGCCGUCAGAUUCUGUCCCCCACAGGCUCAGGUUUCGCCAGCCCUCCAAAGGCCGAGCCUUCUUUCUCAGACCCCAAAGUACUACAGCUACAGGUCGCGCAUCUUCGAGCGCAGCUGCUGGCCGCAGUGACGCGCCGCGAAGACGAGGACGUGGCCUUCCGACAGGCGGCGCAGUAUGCGACGGCCAAAGGUUCUGCCAACGGAGUCCUGCACGCGCUGUUCGACCAAGCCAGUGCCGGCAAGACGGUGGUGCUCAAGACGUACUUGGACACGGGCUCAAUCCCCACGCGGGACGGACUGAGGCAUUGGAAGCUGGAUUUACGGACAAUCCGCAACGAGGCGGGGGCUACGCUGCUUCACGUGGCUGUCGGGGUAUCUACAGCGAGACAGAGCGUCAAGGUCAAGCUCGUUCACUUGCUGGUGGACAGAGUGGGCUUCGACCCGAACGUCCGGGACGUGGUGAGCGGCAGAGAUUGUGUUUACUUCGACGUUCUAUGUGCUGAUGUAUUGGCGUGGUGAUGACAGUUUGGGCAGACGCCGCUGCAUGUUUCAGCGAUGGGAGGCUAUCAAGAGGUGGUUCAAGCGUUGCUUGAGAGGGGAGCUGAUCCACUAGCUCAGGACAGAUCCGGUCUUACUGCGCUGUCACUUAUUCGGACACUGUCGCGGCCGCCGGAGGAAGCCAUGCAAACACUUGUGGAUGCUGAACGCACGGCACUGCGCAGCAUGGUCUCCAAGUCAGAAUCGAUUCCGCUAUCUAAAGCGCUUGCGUCUGCUCUAUUCCUCAGGGGACUGUCGCGGUUUACUUUGGAAACGCACUCGAAUGCGUUUACGCGUCAGACUCGGGCAUUGGUGAACACAUUGUUAGAAGGAAAAGAAGAAAAUGUCGAUUUUGAUCGAGUACUUCAAGAGCGGGUCCCAGUGUUGUUUGAUGUAGUGCCUGCUUGUCAAGUGGUUCGAUUGGAGACAGUCUUUGCGAGCACUAUUUACUGGGACGCGGAUUUUGUUAGCGAUCUCAAGAUCGAGGCGGAUGGUUAUGGCAUGUCGCUCAUUUCGCCUACAUUUGCCGCUGGAGCGCUUGCUGGCCCGUCGUGGGUUGGAGUGCUCUCGAAGCUGAUACAAGGACUUAAGCUGGAAAUGGCGGAACCGACACAAACUGACACCCAGUCGAACGACACACCGACACCAACUGACGAAGAUGUGAUCAUGGGGAACACUACAGAGAAUGCUGUGGUAUCAUCCCGCAAGUGGUCGAUAUCAUCUUCCUCCUCGUCGCUCUCUAUAGAUUCUCGCUCUGCGUUGUGCUAUGCUGAUCAGACUACAUACGUCGCCAAGACUCGAGACGUUUGGUACUAUGCCGUCCUAUUCAAGCCUUCGACGCACGCUUUCCCAGGAACUAUCACGGUAACACCGGAGAGCAAUGUUGCUGUCGCAUCAGAGGAUGCUUCCAAGUAUUUUCCGUUGGAAGAUCGCCUUGCGAUCGGCCCCGCUGAAUACUUUGCGGUCGAUUACGACGCGCAGACUCGUGAGAUCCAGCUGGAUCGCAAUUAUGAUGGAAAGGAGCCUGCGACUUUGAAGGCAUAUCUUACAGGAGCUUGCUCUUCUGGGCUACCUCCCUACGUUGCAGUCAAACGGAUAUGGGAACGAGAACCAGGCAAUAAGUAUGAAGACCAGAUGAGCAGCGAGCAGGAACUGUUCCAAGACUACCAGUUCCUGGAUCCUGAAAGCGAGUAUGAGGUGGCAAUUAAGCUCGGUCCGAUACCGAGCGGAAAAGAGGCAAGAGAAGUUGUUGCAGAGUGGAAACAAACUGCCAAGAAGUUGUUUGAUUCACGGGAAUGCACAUCUGGAUUGCCGUGCUGUCAACAUUAUUGCCCACAACGCAGCGGCCACUCGUUGUGUUUGGGGACUCUUGCUGUAAUCGGACAAGGUCUGGCUAAACGCCGUCUUGGACGUCCAACCUUUUCCAAACCUCUGAAACCUCGUGCCUCUCUUCAACGGCUUCAGGGUCGUUUCAGGGGAACGGAAGCGUGGCCUGGUUCACCGUCAAAAGUUUUACCUGUUGUGAUGCCAAGCCCACCGUAAAACUCUGAUUGUGAGCACCAUCAAGUCUCCGUUUUACACUGCGACCAUGACAACCGUUGACAAAAGCUGCCGUCUUCAGUAAAGCGAUUGCCCAAAACAAUGUGGUUGACGGGUAACAAGACCGCUUCAACACGACUUUUUGUCCCUGGGGGUUUCCAGUGCGCAUUGAUGAUGCGACCCACAGCACCGCAUAUGGAUACUCCCUGCAUCAAUGUACGCACCACUCGAAUAUGACACCAUUGCACACUAAGCAGACCCAAGAAGGAUUCAGAUCACCACCAAGUCAGCCUUAGUGUAUGCACACGCCCAAUUAACCCCAAAAAUAAGCAAAAACAGUCCUCAUAACUUCGCCUGAAUAAUCUUCGACAUCGUUCCUUACGAAGCCGUCGGUCGAAUACCACGAAUUCGCAACGACAGCUGAAUGUCCUUCACCUGCAGCGUCACGCGCUUGCCGUGGAU